ACUUCGACGAUUUGUAAAUAAGUGUAAAACAUUAACUAAAACUGAAUUAUAUGACAAUUAAUUUUAUGAAAAUCUUUGCUACUUAUUAAGUAAUGAAGUCGAAUUCAUACAUGUUUUAAAAAACAGAAUGCAUAAGUUUCAUAUAACUACAUUUUUACAUCCUCCUGCACAAAAUCAAGAGCAACAUCGACAAUCGAGCAAAGCUCAAACGACAGCAGCCAGCGACUCCAAUAAUUCAAAUAAUUCUAACGAUCUACCAGAUAUUCCUGUUAAAAGGGCAUUAACAGCAACAUCAACUAUAAACAAUGUUGAAUUUAUACCUACUUUGGAGUUUGUGGUGUCAAAAUCUUACGAAUGUCCAGACUGCAAAUCAGAGGAACAAGGUUUAAUACAAUGCGGAGAAAAACAGUAUGACUGUUCGAGUAGUAGUUCAAGAUUAACGUAUACAAUAAGGAAAACUUCAAUAUCAUUGCCAAACGAGAGAUUAGAUCGACAAAAGCAAACACAACAAUACGUGCAAUCAGAUCAACCAACGCACCAGUGCCAUCGAGGUGCUUCAGUUUCAUUAGCAGACACUGAAGAAUUGCUGCGGCAAGACGUCAAACAAUUUAAUAGCCUAUCAGACGAUAUAACAUCGACAGCGACAUUCUCAACGUUUUUUGAUGAGCCAACAAGUUCAAUUUCCAUAGAAAUAAUGGAAGAUAAUUCGCAAAAGGUGAAUGAACAAAUAGCUGGCACCGUUAAGGCAGCAACAGCAAACACGAUAUCUAGCAGUGAAACUGAUCAACAUAGCAUUGAAGAAGAAAUAGAUGAAGUUUUCGAAGUUAGUGAAACCGGAGAUGCAACAGACUUAAUACCUGGUCUUAGCAAAAAUCUAGCAGUUAAACAAUUAUUUGGUUUGGAUUUGAGUCUCAGUGAAGGCAGUAAUGAAUUAGCUAAAAGCCAGAGCCCAAGCUUGAAAAAUUCCACAGAUGAUGAACAAUAUAAAAUCGAUGACGAUCAACUAGCGGGCGGUAAAUUAGCUCAACAUUUUCUUAUAAACGAAGAAGAGCAGUCUGCAAAGUCUUCACUGAAUUUAGAUAAUGUUAAAAUCAGCAGUUUGCCUAUGGAAAAAUGUGAGAAGAAAGAAAAGCAGCUGGAUGAUCAAGAGUUGAGUGUACAUAAUGAAAGUACCGCAGAUGACGUGUCUGAUUUAAUUGAGGAAGAUAAAAUAGACAACGAAUUAAUAUCAGGAGUAGAAGAUGAACCGAAAAAUAAACAACAUUUAGCAAAAGAUCUAAAUCAAAAAGCCUUGUCAGAAACUAGCUCGGUGCAUAGUGAGAAGGAUCACUCCAUGGAAGAAAUUGUAGCGACAAACCAUUCAAUUGAAUUGUCAUUCGAUGACAAAAACCUAAGCUCUUUAAAUGCCAGUUUUGACAUUAAUAAUGAAACCUUAGCCAAUCAAUUAUUAGCGGAUACGCCACAGAAAGCAAUAGAAAAAAACCUUUCAAGAAAAGUUGCUCAGGAAGAAACUUUCGAUGCAAAUAAAUGUCGAUCAUUUGAACAAAAUUCUUGCAAAGAUAGCAGUACGAGCGAUGAAUUGAAAUUGCUGUCGAUGGACUCUGCAAUGGUCUUAAACACAGAAAAGUUUUCCGACCCCGGCAGAAAGAAACAAAUGAAAGUUAUAAAAACUUAUAGUGCAUCGACUGCUCAGUCAUCAAAGUAUGAACCUGAUAGUACGAAAGAAAGUUUCAACAAAAAUAUAAAAUCAGUAUCGCAACUAGAAAUUGAUGGAGACUUUUUAACAAAACUUCAAACUAAUCAUCCAAAUCAAGUUAAGAAUUUGGAGGCAGGCGUAGCAACGAUAAAUCAAUUUCCCAUAUCCGCAAACGAAAGCGUUAGUAAAAAUCUCACAAAACCUGCUAAUAUAAAGCAAUUACCUAAAUUGGAAGCGGGUAAAGGGUUGACAUUAAUAUCUGCAAGCCUUCAGAGCGACCCAAGUAAAGUCAACUUGAAUAGCAUUCCUCUAGCGGGGAUGACAACCGAUUUAGAUAAUAAUCUAAAUGAGAAAUCUAAUCAACCAAAGGACGUGGUGUUAGAGCAAAGUUCAAAUGAAUCAUGCAAUACUGAUGUCUGCGAAGAAGAGGAUGAAGAAACUAGUUUAAAAUUAAUGAAGUUAAAAAUUUUGGCCAUGAAAACUCAGCUCCGUGAUAUUCCCCCACAAUUAUCUCCUUCCGAAGUAUUCUCAAAUUCUGCCGACUCAGCUAACCAAAUUAAAACUAUGGAACGCGUGUCGUUAGCAGAGUUUUCAAAAGAUGUUUUGGAGGAUAUUACGGAAGAAAGUGAACGAAAUUCUCUAUCGUUUAAUGAGGAACCCGCGUCCUGCGCUACUGUUACUAAUACUGUUACGCAGACAACAACAAAAACUAGCGAAAGUAAAAAUUUAUAUAGUAAUGAAGAAAAAGAGACUGCUGGUGCAAGUGUAACAAGUUUGAAUAUGCUUCAAAUGUUAGAACAGAAAGUGGAGGAAUUGCAGCAGGUGCUGGCGACAAAAGAUGUCUGCUUAGCCUCGGUGAAUAUGCAAUUAGACAACUUACAACGCCGCGAGUCUUUGGUCAAUCCAUCCUUAGAGCAAUUGCUUUCGGGGCGCGAUAGUAGUUCUUUGGUGACAAGUUCUACCGACUAUCGAACUUUUCACGAAGAUUUCAUUGGAGGAUCGACCAACGACAUAUACGUAGAAUUAUCAAAACGAGACGAGCUAAUAUCCAAACUUGCUGACUCUCUGCAACAAUCUUUGACGACGCGUGAAAACUUGCAGGCCGAGAGCGAAAAGCUUAAUGCGGAAGUGCAAAUAUUGAGAAAACAGUUAUCUGAAGCUAUGGAAUCUAUACGCAAAUCGUAUUGGCCCCGUGAUCAGGAGAGUAAUGGUGGUCAAAGAAUUUCGGAAAUUUCUAUGGAUUUAGUCAGCGAAUCAGAUGAUGAUCUUGAACGACAAUUUUUAACCGACAAUGAAGAUAAGCAUUCGCGCAAUUCUCGAGAGCGUCAACUAUCUAUGCCGCGUCAAGCAGAUUAUUACCCAAUAAACGAAGCUGAUGUUAUGGUGGAUGCGGAGGCAUUCAGUAAACAAAUCGAACAAUUUCAAAAGUAUUUAACACCCAGUGAAGUGCGUUUGUUUUUUAUGGUUCAAAAAAAAUUUGAUGAUUAUCUCAGUCAAGAGUUAGAAAAAUGUAAAAUGCGUUACGAUCAAGAGUUAAAAAUCAUUAUGGAUCAAUGGGAGCACGAAAAGCGGGCGAAAGAACAAGAAAUUCAGAAACUGCUACAACAGCGAGAAGAAAAGGAAAGUAAACAUGCACAUGAAAUGGAGGAUUUGAGGAAGUAUUUCGAAACGAAAUGUGUCGAUUUGGAAAAGCAAUUCUCUGAUGAUGUAUUUUCUCAAAAGUCACAGCAUCAGGAGGCGGAUACCUUCUCUUCAGCCUCCGAAUGUUUAGAUGAGGAACUAAUAUCUGACGAUUUUGGGGGAAAUAAAAGAUCAUUAAACAAUCUUAGCUCACCUAAAAAACGUUCAAAAGCGGAGUUGCUGCUAAGUCCGUCACAUCGUCAAAUAACUCCCAGCAAUGAUGCUUUUGGUGAAGACCUUAUCAAAAAUCAAGGAAGCCAAUUAGCUUUAGAAAUUACUGAUCUGAAGGUUUUUUAUCAAAGCGAAAUAGGCGAAAUUAGACGCGCACACGAGGAAAAUUUAAAGAAAUUAAUCGAUAAACUGAAAUACUAUGAAAGCCGUUAUCCAGAAGAUGAUUUUAUGCGAUCCAUAAAACUUAACAGUAGUGUACACAAUAGCAUUACUGAUAUGGAUGAUGUGCCAGACAUAGCUGCUCGGAGUGAACCGUUGGCUACAACAUCGAAGGAAUUCCCGGAUCAUCGUAAUAACAAUAAAGACAUCAAUAGAUCAUCGCUGAUCAUUAUUGAUCAGGAUGAGUUGUUAAACAGUGUUUAUGUUAACAAUGAAGCGCAGGUUAUACAAAAAAUCAUAGAUGAAUAUGAAAGUCGAUUACAAGAACAAUUGGCUUUAGCCAAAGCGGACAUUGUAUAUGAACUGGAGCAGCAAAUACAGACUUUAUUGUCAGAAACCACGGCAGACGAUCAGCAUUGGCCCAAAGAAUUGAUAUUAUUACGGGAAAAGCUCACCGCCAAAAGCCAGCUGGAGAUUGCUCAACUACAAAUUAAACAUGCUGAAGAGAUGUCGCGAUUAAAGCUGGAUUAUGAGAAACAAUUGAAUCGUAAGAAUAAACGCCAUUUGACGUUUGAUUCGAAACGAGAUUUUGAUAAAUUACUCAAUGAACAAGAAAGUUUACGCGAGCUAACCAAAUCUUUGAUUCAAGUCCUAGCCGAAUUAGCCAAAUGUGUGGCCAAUUAUGAGAAUGAUUUAAAUGAAACUCUUAUAGAAGAAGUGCAACGCUUAUUAUCUUAUAAUCGCUCUGUGGAGGAUAAUGAUGAUAUCAACUUUAAUUCUUCUCGCUUAUUUAAUACAUCUCUUAACAACUCUUUAUCUUCUCGCUUAAUGCCGGAUGUGCAGAAUCUUUUAGAAGUAAUAGAAGAUCCCAGUUUAUUGCAAUAUGUUGCAAAUAAAAGUAAUGAACUUAAUGAUGAUUUCGAUUUAAAGGAUUGCUUGGAUAAACUACGUUCAGAGGCUUUAUAUCUUUUGCAUUUAUCCGAAGAUCUAGUUAAACGUAAAAGGGAACAGCAAAACAUUGAAAGACCGGAGAGCAUUAAUGGUAGUGAAGCUGAAAAGCAAGGCAGUUAUUGCGAAACUGAGCUAGAUAAACAUAAAUUUUUGCGCGUUAACUCGUUGAAUGAACAACACUUAUCUACUUAUCAAUUCAAUAACUUUAUCAAUGCUCCACAAGUAUCUUCACUGCCACCUGAUCUUAAUCGUUUGCAAUUUGAGAGCAAUUCCUCGAAUGAUGCUAAUGCCUCUGAAUUGAACUUUCAAUUGAUCGAACUUAAAAACCGCCUUAUUAAAUCGGAAAGUGAUCGUUUGAAAUUGCAACAAGAACUGGAUCUAACUAUAAAUCGUAAUACGGAAUUAGGAGAAGAGUUGCAACACCUUAGAGACCAGUUGUCACAAUUGAGUUCGUUGAAUCAUAUCGACUAUAAUGAAGGUUAUGGUAUGGCGUCAAUAAAAGUAACAUCUCCACGCCUUUACCCUUCGGAGCACAAUUCUAGUAAUUUCGCUCAAUUGCAAGAGAAGGCUCGAAAUAUAUUGACCACACCAACACAGAACCAACCGGAUCAUGAUUCUACGGUUCAACUUUUGCAAAUGAUUGAGGACUUCUGUCGUGAGGGUGACAAAGUAGUAGAGUUCAAUAAAAGGGAACGGGAGGAUCUACAAUCACAAAUUGAUACGGCCGAUAAACAGUUAAAAGCUACACGACAAUUCUUGGAAGAGCAGGCAGCCGAACGUGAGCAGGAACGUGACGAAUUUCUGUGCGAAAUUGCAAACAUUAAAGGACAGUUACGCGAUAAAGAAAAAGAGUGCAGUAAUUAUGUUAAUGCCUCUGAGGAGGUUGAACAAUUGGAGGUCCAAAUGCGUGGCUUAACAAAAAAACUGCAAGACUCGAUCAAUAAAAGUGACAAGUUUGAAGUGGAAUUGAAAGCUUCGAUUGAUAAAAUAUUUGUAUUGAGAGAAAUUAUAUCUGAUCUAGAAACUCAGAUUGAAGCAAAGGCUCUUAAUGAACAUGUAAUGAGUGAAAAAGUUAAGGAAUUGGAAAAUUAUAUUAACUUGCAAAACCGUUCUAAUGACACUUUGCAAAGUGAAGUCCAAAGUCUGAGAACUGAGAUUGAAUGUGGCUAUCAAAUGCGCGUUAAACAAUUGGAAGAUAAAUUACAAAAUAUACGUCCAACUGCGGAACAAAGUCUUGUUUUAGAUCAGGUAGUGGAGCAAUUGCGCGAUAUAGAGAACUGUUUGGAUCAGAAAACUAAGAACUUAGAAUCUUUACAUCAUUCGAAUGCUUCAAAUUCGGGCAGUUUAAGUGCUACUGAAGAUGUGUCGGUGCACGGCUCUGCGCCGUCAUCGUUGCCGGCAACAGUUGAUGCUGGUCUACAAGAAUCCCCAGUUCAUCCUUCACCACGCCAACACUCGCUCGCCAUGGAAGGUGUACAACGCAUUGCCGAUAAGUUGUCAAAGCAUUCGCGCGUAGAAGAGGCAUCCGUUAAACGUCUAAGAGAUUUAGAAAUGCAAAUGACUCACAUAAGAGCAGUAUGUGUGGAGCUUCAGCACGAACGAGAGUCAUUGCAAGAGCGUAUGUCUGAACAGACGCAGCGCAUAUCGGCUUUGCAAAAUCGUCUUGAAGAGCAACGCCAAAGAGCUGAAGACUUACAACGUGCUAACACUUCCGAUUUAAGUAUUCGCAUACACGAUCUUCAAACUGAAGUUCAAAAUCUUAGAGAGACACUUGAUGUGAGGGACAAACAAAUUGCGGCCUUAAAACAGCAAUUAGAAAAAAGCAAAUUGGCUAUAGAUCGUUUAGAGGCUGAACUGGCGAUAGAGCAUCAACCAGAUCGCAGCGCCAUUGAGCGCUUGGAGAAUGAAGUGAAACAAAAGCAGAUAGAAAAUCAAAAACUUAAGGAGAAAAUCAAAAAUGAAAUGAUUAAUAAAUUGGCCUUACCUGAUUUAAUGGAGACCAUGUUGGCCGACAAGAACGACGAGAUCGAUCAUUUGCGAGAACAGCUGGAAACCAAAGAAAAUGAAUUGCAAUCUGUCUUGGAAACGAAUCAGACAUCUUCGGUGGGUGCAGCAAAAGCGUGCGGUGUCAAAGUUGAAGAAUCUAAAGCGAAAUUAAGUGCCCGCACUCUAAGUGAUAUAAUGUCGAUUAGUGAGUUUGAUGAACCAGAUGUUGUUAGAAGGGCAGCGGCCCAGAAUAUGGGUUCUCCCCUUAUGGUACCCGAAGGUUGUGGUGGCGUUCUACAGCAAACAAUUGAUUCUUCUAAAGCAGUAAUAGACAACUUGACACAAAGACGUUGCGAAGAUCUUUCCGGCUUCAAUAUUUUACAACAAGCCAAUACUUUUGAUAAUCCUCACUAUUUUCAGGGUCCCAAUAUCGUAUUGGGUUCUGCCAAAUCGGAUAGUAGUAUUACACCCUUACUGAUACCAAGACAAAUUAACUUUUCAGCCGUCACUGAGGAUUUGAAGUUAAGAACUCCUUUACAAACUCCACAAUCUACCAACAAAGAUCAAGAUCAACUCGUAGAAAAUUUGAAAAAGGAGGCGAAUAUUUUGAAGGAAAAUCUGAAUUUAUUAAAAGCAGAAAAGGAUGUUCUUAGUCAGCAGAAAGAAAAAAAUGAAGAUAAUUUAAUAUCUACUCAAUUACGUUUAAAUGCGUUGCAAGAUGAUUUUACUAACUGCCAAAAAGACUUACUUGAAUUACGCGGGCAAGUCGUAGAAAAAUCUUUUGAAAUUGAACAACUUUUAAGAGAACAAGAUAAACUUAAGAAAGAGAAAACCGAAUUGCUGAGCAAAAAUGAAAAAAAUUUGCGCAAUUAUGAAGAAAGUGAGGAAAAUCACUUGAAGCGUAUAAAAGAGAUGGAACGCCAAAUACUUGAAAAUACUGAACGUGAAGUUAAGGAAAGAGAGAAUUUACGUAAAGAAUUGCAAUGCUUGGAAGAAGCUCAUGAGCAAUGCAAAUAUACAAUCCAUGAUAAUGAGAAUCGUAGGCAUGAAAUGGAAGGACUUAAUCGAGCUAUAAAAUGCAAAGACGACCGUUUACUUGCAUUGAGCACUAAACUUACCACAACUGAAAAGAGCUUAAAUGAAAAGGAAAAACAAAUAACCACUUUAGAACGCGAAAUGGAAAAACUAAAACAGCAAAACAGUUAUAAUAGCUCUAAACAGUUUUCGGUGGAGGAAAUAGCUCAGCAAGUGGAAAAAGAACUGAAUUAUUCCGCACAGCUUGACUCAAAUAUAUUGAAGGCCAUCGAAAGUGAAGAGGAAAAUAAUCUUAAUCGAAGUCACGCGCAUAAGCCUGUUUUAGUUGACGGUCCCGGUACCACAGAUGACGAGAAUUUUGCAGGCGAAAGAGAAUUGCUUAAUCAAUUGUCAAUGUUAAAGGCCCAAAUUGUUGUACAACAAGAGCUGGGUGAGAAAAUACAUAAAGAAUUAUUACAAGAAAAACAACAUUCACAAGAAAUUCAAGAACAAGACGUGAUGAUUAUUGAAUCGUUGCGAAAACGUUUAGAAGAAGUGCUUGAACAAGACGAGGAACUUCAUAAACAGUUGGAAAUAGAAAAACAACGUUGUGAAUCCUUUCAGACGCAAUUAUGCGCCUUGAAGCGCACGGAGAGCAGACGUAAUUCGGCACUCUUGAAAUCACCCAACGAAUCUCCUCGUAAAUCUUCACGAUCCUUACCUGAUUUUGAAUCUGACUUCACUGAACGUUUGCGUAGUGAAAUUAAGUUGCUAACAGCGCAAAAUGAACGUGAACGUGAACGCACAGCUGAUUUGCAAAAAAGUAGUGAACGCGAGCGUUUGCGUUUUGAAAAAGAACUGGAAGAGCGCACCGAUUAUUGUGAGAAAUUGAAAUAUGAAAUGGAGAAGAUAGCGCGAGAUAAAGAAAAUUCUGAAUUGGAAAUUGAACAUUUUCAGGAAAGACUUACAUUGCAAACACAAGAAAUUGAAAGCUUAGAAGGGCGAAUAGCUAGUUUGCAAGAAGCUGAAACAAGACGUCGAGCACGCAAAGACCGCCAACUUAAAGAAAGUGCACAACUUAUGGUUGAUUUACAGGAGCGGAAAACGCAAUUGCAAAAAAUCGAAAGCGAGAGAGAAAAACUGAAAAAUAUUAUCGCGCAAUUGCGUUAUGAUAUCGAGUGUUCAGCUCAACGGGAAACUAGGUUAAGCGAGGCGCUAGCCAACGCCAAUGCCAAUUUGGCGAAUCGUGAUGGCUCGCAAGCCGUGCCUGAGCAGUUUUUACAAAAAAUGAAAGAAAUUAAUGCUUUAUUAGCUGAAAAUACUAGAGAGAACAAGCAAAUGUCUGAAACUGUUCAUUACUUAGUGGAAGAACGCAGACAAUUGCAACGUAAAUGUGAUGAACUGGAGUCGCAAGUGAACGGUAGUGCUAAUGUAAGUGAAUUGGAGGAUCGCUGUAAUCAUUUGUUUGGGCGUUAUCUUAGAGUUGAAUCACAUCGUAAAGCUUUGGUGUAUCAAAAGCGUUACUUGAAAAUUUCCCUGCAAAGCUAUGUCGAUAGUGAACAGCGCGCUUUGGCAGCGUGUGAUGGACAACAUUUAUUAACUGAAAAUCAAAAAAAUAAAAAAAAAUUAUUUAAGGUAGUGGCUUUGGCUAUUAUAUCAAUCCAACGCAUGAGGUAUAUUGGACGUUUAUGGCAAAACGGCAAACGUAUAGUAUCUAAAUCGGUUUUUACCAUUACCCAUCAAAGCUGUUCAAAUGCUAGUAAUCCACUGGUGACUGUAAAUUUGCAUGUAUAACUGAAAUACUCAAAUAACAAUGCUAAGAAGGAUUAAUGUUACUGUAUAAGGAAAGUAAAGCUUAGAAAAAAUCAAAAAAAUCACUAGCAAAUUACAGAUAAAUUAGAAAAACAUUUUAGAGCAUACACAAUUUCUAUAUUCACUACCAUCAGGAUAUUAUAUUACAUUAAAUUUAUUCCUGUUUCUAUAACUCCUUAACAAACUAAUCUCUCUAGAAAUUUUUAUUAUCAAUCCGUCCAAUCUGCUCUGUGUGUUGUAUUGUGAUAUUAAAAUUAAAAAAAAAAAAAAACUAAACGGACUAAAUGGUGUCCUAAUUAUAAAAUUCUAAAGAUAAAUCUCGGCUCAUUUAGUAAAAUAUCAAGAACAUGAAGAAAUUGAAUCUUUCACGUAGAUGAGACAUUACUUUUUACUGUUGUGAUCUUUAUUUCACUUCUAUAUUUAUUGUAUUAAGAAAGCAUUACACCUUUUUAGUACUUUGUAUAUUUAUAUACUCACAUCUAUUUGGAUUGCACUAGAUGAAAAUUGAGAUGUAGAAUUUGUAUUUUUAGUAAGUUUAAGAAAGAAAAAAAUCAUUAGAGGGUAAUGUGGAUAAAUAUAACAAUAUUUAUUACAAGCUGCAUAUAAAUUUUCCCUUAUACUUUUUGUAUUCACUAUGAAGAAUAAAGAUGUAGAUAUCACAUAGAUUAUAUACGGAUUAUAGACAUAUGUAUAUGUACAUUUACUUUGUUUCAUUAGCAUUUGUGGGCGAAAGAAAACAAAAGUAUUAAAAAACCUAAUGCGUUUCGUUGUGUUACAAAUAACUAAAAAUAGUAGAUAGUAGUAAUCGAAAUGUGCUACGAUUUCUUAUUAAGAUUAUUUAAAAGCUGUAUGCCAAAUAGAUUCAAUCGUUUGAGUAGCUUGCUUGCUCUUAAUAAAACGAAAGUUUCGCGGUUUUUAUGUGUUACCUUGAAGUGGUGGAUAUGUAAGAUUCGUUCUUGGGUGAAUAUAAUUUUCUAAUAUGUUUCUGAAUCAACAAUAAAGAAAAAGUACAAAAUUAUCUCUUGAUUGAAAAUGAU